AUGGCUUCAUCAAUGCGUAUCAGCUCAAACAUCCUCCGGUCUCCUGUGACCGCUCGCGCUCUCCCUGCGCGAUCGGUGGCCUUCAAUGGCGCUCGGUGCUACUCCUCUGCGAAGGCCAAGUCUCUGAAAGACACCUUUGCUGAGAAGGUGCCCGAGGAGAUUGAGAAAGUCAAGAAGCUGAGAAAGGAGUUCGGUUCGAAGGUUAUCGGCGAGGUCACCCUCGACCAGGUUUACGGCGGUGCUCGUGGUAUUAAAUCCCUUGUCUGGGAGGGCUCGGUGCUUGACUCCGAGGAGGGAAUUCGUUUCCGUGGCAAGACGAUUCCUGAAUGCUCGGAGCUCCUUCCUAAGGCCCCUGGUGGCGAGGAGCCUCUCCCUGAAGGUCUGUUCUGGCUGCUCUUGACCGGCGAAGUCCCCACUGAGCAGCAAGUUCGCGAUCUUUCUGCCGAAUGGGCUGCCCGCUCAGAUGUUCCCAAGUUCAUCGAGGAACUUAUCGACCGCUGCCCGAGUGACCUUCACCCCAUGGCGCAGUUCUCUCUUGCUGUGACCGCUCUUGAGCAUGAGUCUGCUUUUGCUAAGGCUUAUGCCAAGGGUAUUAAUAAGAAAGACUAUUGGUCCUACACUUUUGAGGACUCUAUGGACGUCAUUGCCAAGCUUCCGACUAUUGCGGCCAAGAUCUACCGCAACGUCUUCAAGGACGGCAAGGUCGCCGCUGUCCAGAAGGACAAGGACUACAGUUUCAACUUUGCCAACCAGCUUGGUUUCGGCGAGAAUAAGGACUUUGUUGAACUGAUGAGACUCUAUCUCACUAUUCACUCUGAUCAUGAGGGUGGAAAUGUUAGCGCUCACACCACACACCUUGUCGGCAGUGCUCUGAGCUCUCCCAUGUUGUCCCUCGCCGCUGGCUUGAACGGUUUGGCUGGCCCUCUUCACGGACUCGCCAACCAGGAGGUCCUUGGCUGGCUCCAAAAGAUGAAGAAGGCCAUUGGCAACGAUCUCAGCGAUGAGGCCAUCAAGAACUACCUCUGGAGCACUCUGAAUGCUGGCCAAGUCGUUCCUGGCUACGGCCAUGCCGUCCUCCGCAAGACUGACCCUCGCUACGUCGCCCAGCGCGAGUUCGCACUCCGCAAGAUGCCUGAUGACCCCAUGUUCAAGCUGGUCAGCCAGGUCUACAAGAUCGCCCCUGGUGUUCUUACCGAGCACGGCAAGACCAAGAACCCAUGGCCUAAUGUCGACUCUCACUCGGGAGUCCUUCUGCAAUACUACGGUUUGACGGAAGCCAACUACUACACCGUUCUUUUCGGUGUCUCCCGAGCCCUCGGUGUUCUGCCCCAGCUUAUCAUUGAUCGUGCUCUGGGUGCCCCGAUCGAGAGACCCAAGUCCUUCAGCACUGAGGCCUGGGCCAAGCUCGUUGGUGCUAAGCUCUAA